AUUAAAUAGGCAGCUAGUUAAAUGUUUAUCUACAAAAGGGCGACAUUUUACAUGAUGCACUGUGCCCGCGAUGUGAUCUGUAAAGUUGUAGUUAGCUAGGAUACUUCCAUUCUUGUUUCCUAGCCUCACGCUACAUACCUCUAGCCAAUAAUGUACCAAUUUAAGGUGUGAUGUUGCUUUGGCAUGCAUGAUCUCCACAUCUCUUCCUGAGGGUGUCAAGUCAGACAGCAAACCCCACAGUGCCAUGGCUGAGGUGUUGGGACAAAGGAGCUUGUUGGGCUUUGGUGUGGUGUUGGUAUGGCUGCUGCUGUUCCACCUGCUGGUCAACAUCUGGCUGCUGUGCGUGUUCACCAGUCUGCUGGUAGUGCUCGGUGGCUGGCUCGGCUCGCAGGCCGUCCUGGAGUCCAAUAGCGUGGUUCACCUGGAGAGGUUUAUCACCCUGCAGCAGGUUCCACCAUCUGUGGAGGAUGAGCAUCACUUGGACCAGGAGAUUUACAACACAGUAAAGAAAAUCAUCAGGGACUUUGUCACCUCCUGGUACUCCACUGUGUCCUCAGAGAGUGGUUUUGAAUCCGAGGUUCAAGAUGCCAUGAUCUCUAUGGCCAUGGAGCUGAAAAUACGUGCAAGACAGCUCAACAGGAAGGAGCUGACCCAGAGGAUCCUGAAUCUGUUUGGCUGCCACCUGCAGGACUACAUCAGAGCCAAGGAGCUGGUGACCAAGCAGCAAACGCCUCUGACCGCAAAGUGGAGCAGUGAGAGCGAGCAGUUGUGGAAAGCGUAUUCCAGGGUUACCACGCCUCAUCUUGCCAUGACCAGUGACACAGUGGAAGUCAGCUACACCAGAGCAGUCGUAGAUUUGUUGCUGCAUGUUUUGGUGCCAUCGCCGCACCUGGAGAGCCGCACCGGACGAUUUGUUGUCGGAGAGCUCAUCACCUGCAACGUAAUGCUCCCUCUUAUUGCUAAACUGUCUGACCCUGACUGGUUAAACAUUCUCCUGAUCGAAAUAUUCGCCAAGUCCAGCAAACCAAAGGAGCCAAUUACAGCAGAGCCACUGGCUUCAUCACCACCACUAACACCACCACCACCACCACCACCACCUGCUGAAUCAGAGCUCGCUUCACUACAAGAGACAACACAGGCACCACGAAAGAAUAAUGAAGUCCCUCCACUAAGAGCCGUGACCGAAGUGGUCCUUGACACAGAAAUGGCCACGCCUGAGCUUGCCACGUAUGACGUGAUUGACUCCGAGGAGGUGGACUGUCCACAGAACAACACCGAAGAAGAGGAACCUACUCGGUCCUUUUUGAGGCAUUUCAUGAGAGAAAGCAAGACAAACCCAUUUUACCAGGAAAGUGACUCCGACCUGGAUUCUCCCUUGGCGGACUAUAAACAAAGUUCCAUUGAUUCCCUGGUCAUGAUAGGCCAAGGGGAGGGCCUAUAUGACAAACGGAAGGAAUGUGCCACAUCUGUUGACAGCAGCAAUAAUGGUGUGGACCUGGGGGAUGUUUUCCCCAGUCCAGUGGAUGGCUCCUGCCCUAAAGUCCUGGUGAAUUCCGAAUCAGUAGGGCCUAAUGGCUGCGACCUCACAUCCGUUAGGACAGCAGCGGGGACUCCAAGUAACAUUAGCUUCCAGGACCUGGAGAGGGAGGGCAGUUCCCCUUUAGUAAAUCCAGCCAGAGAGCUCCUUCUGGGAGUAGACCAGACUGGGCUGGGAAACCCUAAUGAGCUGAUUGUAGGCAGUCCGUUGCAGGGGUCUUCCCCUAUACCGUCGUUCAGUUUUGAGCCUCUCAGCAGCCCCGAUGGACCAGUCAUCAUCCAGAACCUCCGCAUCAGUGGUACCAUCACAGCUAAGGAACACCGCGGCACCGGCUCACACCCCUACACUCUUUACACUAUCAAAUAUGAAACAGCAAUGGGCUGUGAGAACCCAGAAAGCAUUCAGCCAGGAUCUGAGGAUGCUGAAGUUGUUCCGUCAGGUUGUGAGAAUCCAUCACCCAUUCAGCCGGUAGCCUAUCACAUGGUCAACAGACGAUACAGCGAGUUCCUCAACCUGCAAACACGGCUGGAAGAAAAAACAGAACUACGGAAACUCAUUAAAGGUGUGAAAGGUCCAAAGAAAAUAUUUCCAGACAUGCCGUUUGGAAACAUGGACAGUGACAGGAUAGAGGCCAGGAAAGGACUUCUGGAGACCUUUCUAAAGCAACUCUGUUCCAUCCCUGAAAUCGCCAACAGUGAAGAGAUGCAGGAGUUUCUGGCUCUCAAUACAGAUGCCAGGAUUGCCUUUGUCAAGAAACCUUUCAUUGUGUCACGAAUAGACAAGAUUGUUGUGAAUGCCAUCGUGGACACCCUGAAGACAGCGUUUCCUCGUUCAGAACCUCCGAGCCCAACAGAUGAUAAUGAGGCAGAGAUAGAUGGAGGGAAAAUAGGUGCUGACAAGAAGAGCAAGUCUCGUCUGAAGUUCUCCAGUAAAAACAUCCCCUUUAUGAACGGCUCAGACAUCAGACCAAAGGUUUUGUUCAAUUGGGAGCAAACUAACACAGUGUUCAGCGGGAUGUCUUUGGGAGAUUUGCAAGCCUUUAUCACUAAACAAGAAAAACUGGCCAUCAGAGUCGAGUCAGAGAGUGAGGACAGUCCAGUAAUAAGAGAAUUUGGAGGCUAUCUGGAUGACAGCUUGAGAGGAAAGCACAGUCAGGAACCUGCAUCUGAGAUGGCGCUGGCUGAGGUGGCUCUCAACAUCCUGUGUCUGCUGAUGAAGGAGCAGUGGAGCUGGCUGUGCACUGAAAACAUUCAGAGGACCGUCAGGCUGCUGUUUGGGACCCUUAUUAACAGAUGGCUGGAUGUGAGCGUAGCCAACCUGACAUGCCCUGCAUACUGGGUGGUGUACCUGCAGGUCAUCCAGGAGUCUGUGUGGCCAGGAGGAGCUCUGCCUACGGUCCCUCAACUUGAACGCAGCCAACAGCAGAAGGACAGUACCAGGCAACAAGCCUUACACUGUCUGAUGAGACUCCUACCAGAUUUGAUCUCAGACAUGUUGGGCUCAGAGAAGUACAAACUCAGCUGGCAGACUGCACUGGACUCCCUUCAAGACCCCAACAUUAACAGACAUCUGGUCUACUGCAUAUUUGAUCUUCUGCUGGAGUUCCUGGUUCCUGAAAUACCUGAGGAAGAUUUUCAGAGGAGCCUGUUGCGUACCCUCUCCAAGAACCCAGAAAAGCUGCUGGCAUGAGAAGAAACCCCACAGCAACCCCUGCAACCCCAGUUUUAGCACUGUGACAGCGAGGCCGCUCCUGUUCUACUAUUGUUCUGCGAUGAGAGUGUAGGUUUUGUGUGAGACUGAAUAUUCUCUGUCCCCACUUUAAAUUCCUGAGUUACCUCAAGCUGGUCUUUAAUUACAUGUUGAUGUGUUGACAUAUAGGCUCUUGAACACAGUGUCCUGUAUACACACACACACACACACACACACACACACACACACACACACACACACACACACACACUUUUACACAAACUACAUUUGAAGCAGCUUUGAUUACAUGAGAGAACCUGGUUUGUGUUUGAUCUGAGAACGUGUCUGACGUGCUGGUCAGAUCUAAACAUGUGGCAAAGCCUUCUCCGAUGUCCACAUCAGGCCUCUUCCUGCUUGCUAAACUCUCCGGCUUUGACUAAACUCACUUCAGAUGGUCUUCGCACUGCCCUCAUCCCCUCUCGCUGUUUCUGGGUAGAAACACCUGUUGUUCUAAUCUGGAGAAGCAGGAUUUGCCCUUUCCUUCAACUUAAAUCUCAAAAUGCCUUAUUGGGAUUUAGCAUCACUGUUUCUAUUCUCUGUUGACCCAUUCUUUAACAUCUUACUGGCUUUGUAUCAAGCCACACAUGCGAUUCUGACAUAAUGUGAGCUAUACUUCCUAAAUCUGAGCCUUCCCGAGGGAUCAUAUGUAUCUGGCAGUGAUUUUUAACCUGCAAAUGGUCCAGGUGUAGAAAAAAUACAUGCUGUAGUGUGGUGAAGAGUUGGCCAUAACAUAUUUUACUGGCUUCACAGAUGCGUCACAGUUCCUUUAACAGGCCCCUGUGAGAAUUAUCUGUGCAGUUAAUGUCUAAAUCAUAUAAGAACUGGGAUCCACAAAAACAGGUAUAUGAAGGAUUGAGCUAUGGUGUUGGUCUAGGUCCAUUCAAUAACGUAAACAGUGAACUGCUAGAGUCUCACUUACUUUUAGUGGUAUCUGUCUAUGCUAUCCAGUCUCUGUAAAUGUCGGCCUCCACCCCCAGAACAAUAUUGUUUAAUUUGUGGUGAUCACAGCAUUCCAGAAUUAAGAUAAAGAAAUUCAGUAGCAAUGUGUCCCAGGCCCUUCUGGAAAAUCCACAGACCUCACUGUGGACGAUUUUCACUAGAACUACUUUUGCUGAGGAAAAUGUCCCUAUGAAAACUGUUGGCUGUGCACUAUGUGGAUCAACACAGUAGAUUAAUACAGUAGAAAAAGCGACACGUG